AGAUACGCGGAUACCUUGCCCUGCUACUGCUGCUGCUAUCUACAUCAGGGGGAAAAAGUCAAACCGAGUAGGAGAAAAGUGCGAGUGUGAGGAGUAGUGAGUUUUCCAGCAGGCAAGCAGAAGCAUCUCGGUCGGCACGGGACGGGCGCCCACUUUUGUGCGAAAAUCUCCAGUGAAAAGUUACUCUGCCUGGUGUCUGUGUGUCGCGCCGUUUAUCAAUGAAAUCCGUUCCGUCGCGAUCCGAGCAGGCUGGUGGUGCAGUGUAGAGCUAGAUUCCGCGAGAACGCUACCGGGAAACAACGGCCACGGCCUACUCUGCGUGCGAGCGAACCCUUCCUGAACACGGUGAUGGUCUCCUCCCGCACACGCAGCAGUUCAACAGUUCAAAUAAAAAUCGAGCAAGUUUGGUACGGUGUGUGACUCCCAUCUUUCUUUUUUUUUCUCCACACCGUUGUCGUUUUUCUCGGGAAAACGGAAAAAACUGUUUGUGUGAGAGUGGUCGUGGAAAUCACCAGUGGAAAAGUGGAAAUCUUUACUGCCGAAUUCGAGUUUAGUUUCUUCGCAAAGUGUGCAAGAAGGAGCUCUUCUCGCGUUAAUUCGUAAUCACCAAGUGCUAAAACGAAAGGAGAAGAAUAAAGGAAAACAUCUGUUUAUUUAGUGAUGUAUUUAACAUAAAUACACCGGGAUCGGCAAAAAGAGAAGCCAAACGCACUUGAAGGAAGAGAGAGAAAAAAAAUUCAGAACAACUCUGAAAAAAGACUGAUAAAUAAAUAAGAGAUCACCAAAACGUGUAAACAACGCGAAACGGAUCGAAACACACAGAUACGAGCAUUGCACGGAAGAAGGGUGUGUGUUGCGUCACGCAUCCAGGACCAGCCGCGCGACAGCAUCUCGGGUUCGGAACGGCCACUGCCAGCAGCUAACGACAAACCAGCAGGUCAUCAGCAUGGGAUGCGCAUCGUCUGCCGAGGAACGUGCGGCCGUCGCACGGUCCAAGCAAAUUGAACGCAACCUUAAAGAGGAUGGCAUCCAGGCGGCGAAGGAUAUCAAACUGCUGCUGCUCGGCGCUGGUGAAUCUGGAAAAAGCACAAUCGUAAAACAGAUGAAAAUCAUUCACGAAAGCGGCUUCACGUCAGAGGACUUCAAACAGUACCGGCCGGUGGUGUACAGCAACACAAUCCAGUCGUUGGUGGCAAUACUGCGAGCGAUGCCCAACCUGAGCAUCGCCUUCGGAAAUAACGAGCGGGAGUGUGACGCAAAGAUGGUGUUUGACGUGGUGCAGCGGAUGCACGACACAGAGCCAUUCUCGGAAGAUUUGCUGUUAGCGAUGAAAAGACUGUGGUCCGACAAUGGUGUGCAGGAAUGCUUCUGCCGCAGUAACGAGUACCAGCUGAACGACUCCGCUAAAUACUUCCUUGACGACCUAGACCGGUUGGGAGCGAAAGAUUAUCAGCCUACUGAGCAGGAUAUUCUACGGACACGUGUCAAAACAACCGGUAUCGUAGAGGUGCACUUCUCCUUCAAGAACCUUAACUUCAAACUGUUUGACGUCGGUGGCCAGCGGUCCGAGAGAAAGAAAUGGAUCCACUGCUUCGAGGAUGUCACCGCCAUCAUCUUUUGCGUGGCCAUGUCGGAGUACGAUCAGGUGUUACACGAAGACGAAACCACGAACCGUAUGCAGGAGUCGCUGAAGCUGUUCGACUCGAUCUGCAACAACAAAUGGUUCACGGAUACCUCAAUCAUUCUGUUCUUGAACAAGAAGGAUCUGUUCGAGGAGAAGAUCCGGAAAAGUCCGCUGACAAUCUGCUUCCCCGAGUACACCGGUGGCCAAGAGUACGGAGAGGCAGCGGCCUACAUCCAGGCGCAGUUCGAGGCUAAAAAUAAGUCCACAUCAAAGGAAAUCUACUGUCACAUGACGUGUGCAACGGACACCAACAACAUUCAGUUUGUGUUCGAUGCCGUCACCGAUGUGAUCAUCGCGAACAAUCUGCGGGGCUGUGGCCUGUACUAAGGCGGGACCGUGGCUGGGCCAUGGCUUUAUUUUAUUUUUCGUUUUUUUAUACACUACGAUUAUUGUCAGUACACUCUCUUUAUGCUAUUUUUUUCUAACGGGGAAAAUGAGACAACAGUAAUUAUUACAAAUUUGACUACAAAGUAUGUAGAGAUGCGAGAGGGAAAACGGUAGAAAAGUUUAUAUUAGAAUGAAGGUGGAUUGAAACGGAACACAGAAAGCGCCACAAUGUGAGAAAUUGAGAAAUAAAAAAAAGUAUGGUAAAAGUGUGCAGGAAAAGGAUGAGACAAGCAAGAAAAUCGGUGUUCAUUACAGAAGAAUAGUACAUAUUUUACUAUUUUUUCAAACACUACAUUUAUUACAAUAAUACAUGAACAGACACAUGAACGCUACGCAGAAAUAUUUCAGGCUUCGAAGCUCAAGUAAUUUCAGGGAGCAGUUCACAAAACACCGUAAAGAUUCAUUUCACUCUCUGCUCUCAUACCCUCAUACAUGUAUCGUCUCUUUGUUUGCUCUAAAGUUUACAAACUAAGUUUAUUUAUUGCGUAUUCAUAUAGGACAAUUUGGGAGAAACUAAGUUAAACAAAAAUCAACAAAUAUGCUUACAGCCAGGCUUUAGUUGUGACCAAACCAAAUCGCAGAAGGCUGGGAAGCCUUCAAAAUCAAAAAGCUCAAAGUGCGAGUCGCGUAGCUUCACAGCGUAAAAGAACAAAGCAUGCCAUGAAAUUUUAUGUUUACACACACAUGCAAAUGCAUCCGAAUUGUAAAUACAACUACUUUAUUUGAUAAGAGCUUACAAUAUGUAAAAAAAAACAGAACGAAUGUGAAGUAAGCAAAUCGUUCAAAAUUGUAAACAACGCACACUUAUUUAUUUAUUUACAACUUUAAUUGUAUUUCUAGGGUUUAUUUAUUUCACAUUUGCUUUCAGCUAUUCCAUUGGCAAAAAAAUCAUAAAUAAUGCAAUCGAUUGCACAAAACAGGAGGAUUGAGCAUCUCACUAACAUUCCUGACCGCACACACUGCUGCUUUGGCCGGAAAAUGUGACCAAAACAGUUCGGCAGAAAACUGCAAAGUAUUAUCGCUUUUUGUGCAUUCCUUCGUGUACAAAACAAGUCUUCUUUUGAGUUUCAAUGCUACAUUAAUUUUCUCGAAUUUCGAAUUUCAAUUAUUUUUAUGGAAAAUUGUGAUCGCAGCAACCUUUUAUUGCUUACAAAAUAAACUAAAAAAAUCCGACGGUUUGUUUUAAACAGCUAUGAAAGCUUGCUUUGAUCGCUUACCCAUUUCUUUCAAAACUCCCUAAUUUCGUAAAAAAAAACUGCCAGAAUCGCAUUUUCGUAGUUUUUCCUCUUCUCUCAACUGAAUAACUUCCGCAGUGAGAGAAGCUGAAAUAUCCCCUCUCUCGCCCUCUUUCUUCAGCAUACUUCCAUCGUUGCUGUGAGAGAAUCAAAGCGGUUUUGUUCUCUCUCGCGGAAGAGAGUGAGCGAGGAAACAUUUCGUUCGCUGAAAAUUACGCGAAUUUGAUUCUGGGCAUGAAAAAGAGAAGGGAAAAGUGUCCGAUUAAAUUAGUUUACCUUUAUUUAUUUUUUUCGCACUCACAUGCAGUUUAGAAAAAUGAGAUCAAUACUUGGUAGAGCGAAAGGAGUAAACAUUAAGAGAACAAAACAAAACUCUUUGUCAUCAUUUGUGCCAAUUUUGUAGGAAAAAAAGAUGCAUGUUUGUACACUAGAUUUUGUACGUUACUCACACUCGGAAAAAUAAGCCCUUCUCGCCAUAAUCAAAUAUAGGACAGAUUUUCAAUAGAACCAAAAUCAUGUGAGAAAUGCGUGAUAUGCUGCGGAAAUUGCGUGAUUUUUUGGGAUAUUUUACGCUGAAAUUUUUUUCUCAGACGAAAAUAUUAUUUUCGAAAAAUCAUGCAAAUUUGCCAGCGAUAUCCAACAGUGGUCUUUCGGAUUGUUCUGUGAGCAUUUAGUUACAUCCUGUCGUGAGCGAUUUCUAACCAGAAAGGAAACGCCGAAAAAUUAACGAAAUCACCAAUGACCAAAACCAAUAUUUUUAUAAGAGGAAAUUACACACUUCGUACAAAUGACUAAUGUGUUAGUGACAAAAACUGGUAAGAUGUUAGUCUCUAUUUUUUCUAAACUGUUGCAUUGCGUUGGAGAAUCACACAAACAAGCACACCUACAAACACGAACACAAACACUAAUGUGUUAGUGACAAAAACUGGUAAGAUGUUAGUCUCUAUUUUUUCUAAACUGUUGCAUUGCGUUGGAGAAUCACACAAACAAGCACACCUACAAACACGAACACAAACACAACUAUCAGCUUUACGUUCCGGUUUGAGAUAAUUUUGACAAUCGUCCAACUGUUGUGUUGAUUCAAGGUACAACAAGUAGCGAAAGUGUUAGAGAGCGAUUUCAGCUUUGAAUUUUUAAGGUAGCAAACCAUGCUCCAGCAUAGCCGGCCAUGAUUGUGUGUUUGUCAAGCAACAUGGCCUACUAAGUCCAGGAUCGGGAGGAUUUUAAACUUUUCAAUGCAGGGUUGAAAUCGCAUACUUAUAAAUAUGUAUUCAAAACAUUUUUUGCAAUCACUUUUUUUCUCUCCACUAAUCAAACGGAAAAAAGCAUCGUGCGACAAGCCAAUCAUUACGCUUUGAUUUAAAGUUAAAUCACUGACGCAAAAAUGAGCAAAGAAAGCAUCCUACUUCCGCACUAAUUGUUGCGCGAAACGAAUUAGAAUUAUUAUCAAACCCAAAUUUAAAUUCUAGUCACCCGCAGCUGAACAACAACCAAAAUCUCUAUUUGCGACAUCCACAAAUGACGCAAUCAAAACUUUUUAGCCUCUAGAUUUGACGAUUUUAAUUUUCUUUUGUACAACGAGACAAAUUUGUUUUUUUUUUAAUUUAGCACAUGACCAAAGCCAUAAGGGAGCACAUAACUAAAAUCGACGACGUGUCACGUCUCUGGUGACGCUUUUUGCGUUAUGAUUAAGCAUUAUUUAAAGAAGAAAGAAAAAAACAAGAACACUGUUCACUAAAAUUUGAUCUAUUAUCACCAAAUAUGGGGAUGGAAAUCUUGCGCAUUUAGCUAAAAACAACCAUUCAAAGCAUAAUUUAAAAAAUACAGCUGCUAUUAUUAAAACUAAUUGAAACAAACAAAAAAGUUAGAAUAUAUUCGACGAAAUAUAUCCGCUUAAAAAAUAUUAUUAGUCUAUUUUUGAAGAAAACAAAACUAAGUAGGAAAAAAAAGAAAAUAGUUCAGUAGUUUAAAUAAGCACGUCAUUAAAGCAAAACUAUUGAAUGAAGCUCUAAAAUAAACUGUAAAGAUACAUACAGAAAGCUUAAUAUAAACUUCAAACCUCCAGAACAACAACAAAAACAUAUAUCAAACGUCGUCUCCGAAUCAAAGAGAUCAAACAAUAAAACACACACAAAAAGCAACAUUGUAAAAAACUAAACCAAUCAAACCAAGUAGGCGCGCAAGCAUACAACUAAAAAAAAAGAUCCGGAAAUUAUUCUGCAGUCAGUGACGCGAAACAAGGCAUAAAACGCGCGACUAAAAUUCAGGCCCUAACAUUUCUCAACCCUGGUUUGGAAUUUGUCCAAAGAGGGAACAAAAACAAAUAAAAAUUGUCACACAAACAUGAUCCUUGAUGUAGAGAAAGAGGAGAAAAAAAAAAAACAACUAACGUAAGACGUAAGCGAACAAACAAACAACAAAAUCGUGAAACCCAAGUUGUCGAUGCACUAAAGAAAAUACAGAAAGAAUUUAAAUUAAGGGGGUAAAAGGGGAAAAAUACUAAAUCCUAGUUAAUGAAACACAAACACAAAAAGAAGCCAUAAAGCCAUAUGGUUAAAUCUGCAGAAAAGCAACAAAUUUAGACAUUCAUCAUCAUUACAUUUACUAAGGUAAGAAGGUAAACCAGCAAAAACAACAAAAAAACAAGCAAAUCAUAUUCACAGUUCCCCUUAAGCAUACAAUUUGUUAACACAGAAAAGAAAAAAAACAUACACAAAAAGUGAAACAAACAAGCGAUCAUUAGCUACGUAUUACUGAACAAACAAGUAAUAGUAAUUUAAUGAUACAAAUAAAAUAAUUAAGAUUGCAUAGUUACAGAACACACACAUACACACAAAACAAGUAAGAAAUGAGAAGAAAAAACACAUUAAAACAUCACUCUGGAUAAUGCAGUCAGAACAAAAACAAACCUAGAAUUCACACAAGAAAUUACCACUUUAAUGAGAAAAAACACAAGAAAGAAAGAAAAAAACAAACAAAAAAGGUAAAAAAUAUAUAUUUAACUUAAUGUGUAUGUAAUUUUAUGUGUGAUGUAAAAAAUCGGAACAAAUAAAUGCGUUUUAGCCACUAAAGUCAUAAACUAUCUAA